GGUUCUCAUAACUCGCAGCAUAAAUAUUCGUUAUAAAUGAGAUCUUCUGCAGUAAACUAGGAGUUAAAGACAGAACAUGUAAAUAACACCGUGCACAUUAAAAUUUGGCAUAAAACUACGAAUAAAGCAAUCAUUAUGAUAACGAGACACAUAAAUAUAAUAGUGCAGGUCAAAUGAAAUCUUCCUGAGAUCAUAACUAGGUCCCUGCGACCCUAUUAGUGGACCAGCGACCACGACAGAAGUAUAUAUCUGGUAGUCAACAGAUAAAAUUCGUCUGCAAGUGUGCCCGUGGUACCACGUAAGCAACUUGUAAUAGCAAAGGGUAUCGGCAGGUUCCAGAAAUGAGGGUGGAUGUGAUGUGAUGUCUUUACAGAGGAAGAUCAACUUUUGUGGGGGACGUUACAUUUCAGCAGAAAUUGAUCUCCCUGACUGUGCUCUCAUCACAGAAUAUGUACCUCAAUCUCAUGGGGAAUUAAAACCGUUAAGAACUGACAGAAUUACAGGUGGUAGAUUACCACAUCCUAUAAUUGGUUUCCCACAAAUAAUUUGUUACGAAGGGAAUUUGGUAGUUGUCCAGCUUCUAGUUGGAAGAGAAAUUUAUCUACAUUUCCUUGUCAUUGAUUUGUCAGCAAAGCAGUAUUUUGUAUUCAAAGAUGACGUCAAGCAUUUUAAGCCUGACAUGCUUCUGAAAGGAAGCAUCCAGUGCCAUUUAAGUCCAGAUGGUCACUGUCUGUUACUCCGAUUACCAGUGUCGGUGCUCAGGCCUCGUGCUGCCUCACUUUCUUUGACAGCUAAGAAACUUCAUGGAGAUGAACCUAUCUCAGCAGAAAAUCCUGUUCUGAGCACCAGUAAACUACAUAAGUUUCAAGAUCGCAAGUUCAAGAUGAUAGCAUUUGAUCCUCGAUUUCCAAGGAGACUUUUGAGCAUGAAGCCAAAUGAGUACUGCACCAGGUGUGAAAUCCUUGUUCAAGAUCUAAACACCAGAAGCAUAAUUUUUAACAAAACAGUGCCACUACCUGAUCCUGUUGACUUGCUUCACAGACACUCAGCUCAACAGAGGACAAGAUGCAGUGCAGCAGAUGAAGAAGUCAAUAGCAACUGUGACUCUGAUGAAGAGCAUGAGGGACAGUAUUAUUUGGACUUGGUUUCCUGUACCACGGAAUACUCUCGUGCAGGCGAUCGUAUCGUCAUGUGCUGCCAUGUAGCAGCAGGUCAAAACCUUCAGUAUUUGAGAGUUCUGAUCUUUGACUCGGACUUGUUUAUGUGCAUUGACCAACAUACCCAUAAACUCCCUUCAAGUAUGGAUCUAAAAACAACUAAACCUUUCCUGAUCAGUUUUACACCUUGUGAUUCCAAAUCAACGUGUUUCAGUUUAUUGGGAACUGUGGCAAAAUUAGAUAUACAUUACCUGGCAUUACAAUCCCAAGAAAUAUUACUCUGCAAGCAAUCUGCCGCAUUGCAGUACUGCGUAACCUUCAACCUGGAAGGGAUUUAUCUUUCUUGCCAAUGCCUUGCUUUUUUGUCCAUUACCUUCACUUUAACACCUACAGGCACCAUCUUGCACAGCAACAAAAAUAGAGCAUAGAUGUAUAUCUUGGUCUUGAUAUUUACGUUUUGAGAUGUUAAAAAAUGAAACAUCUGUAAACAUACAGUUUGGGAAGUGGCUGCUAUAGGCAAUGCUUAUAAUGCUGUUUUGAUCUUAGUGGUGCCUGGGAAAUGAAAUUGUGCAGUUCGCAAUCUUCCCCCAUAGUGUUAAAAUAUUGUGCAACUGUGAUGUGCAGAUAAGGUGCAUGACACUUGGUACAGGGCAAAGUACCAGUCCAGACUGCUCCAUGUGAUGUGCAGACUAGCACAUGACGCAGGCAGGAAAUGAGUUUAAAUUUGCUUUUUAAUUUCUUUACCAAUACAUAUUUGAGGAAAGCCCCAUCAGGGAAUUACAUGACAUGGCCAAGACCGAUUCAAGUGCAGUAGAAUGCAGCAUGACCCAAACAAGUAUGCUAAGAUCUGAGUUUUUCCUCCAAGCUGUACUGAAUUUGUGGUGUUACAUAAUAAGGGUGAGGGGAGGGGGAAGGAAUAGAUGUUUUACAAGCCAGUAACUAAGGCUAUAUCAAGACAAAGCAGCCAGCCCUGUAAACAGAUGCCAUGUAGUGUUAAAGAAUAAACUACUGAAUUUGCAGUUAUAUUUAUGUUUGAAAGAUUCUAGGUCAGACAAUUUUUUGGUCUGAAUGUUAUUGUACAUUAAUAGUGUGCAUGCUGACAAAUAUCCCUUACAUAUGAAACAUGCAAUCUGUAUCAGUUUGGGUUAUUUACAUUGUAACAUCCUCUGUUGCAGCUUGAGACAAAUCCCAUAUGCAGUCUUUUUGAUCAAUGAAUGUGAUGGAAAGCUUUACAGUUAAAAUUAAAACUUCCUGAUUGUCUUAUAUUGGACUGAUUGCAAGAGGUUAAAGCAGUCUUAGCAGCUCGCCACUCCCCAAAACUUAAAGGGGGAGAGAGAGGGUGAGGAAUUGUUUUAUGCUGAGCCAGAAACUAAAGCUAUUAGCUUAGCAAGGCAGCCAGGCCAGUAAACAGAUGAAAGAUGCAGAGAAAGAACAGUGUGCUUUAGACAAGAGCUGAACCCAGGACAGCCAACCCUCACUGACUGUCCAACAGCCCCCCCCCCCCCCCCCAAAAAGAGAAAAAUUGUCACAACUUUCUGCUCUCAUAUGUUCACUCAAGGCACAUAAUCACAGAAGUCUUACCUGUGCUACAGCUUGUCCUUUAUUGUUUGUUCAGGCAAAAUGUAGCCAAAAUUUCACUUCAAAUUGUAAAAUGUUUGUUGCAUUUCAGGAAGUAACCUUGAUAUAUAUUUUUUUUAACAAGUCUGUCAGUAUCGCUGUCUUUCCAUCAGAUCCUCAUUGCACAAAAGAGCUCCCAAAACUUCAGUGACCUUAUUUUGAUGAUCAUCUGCAGCAUGUCUGGCAGUAGUGACCGGGGCACUACCACGAU